AUGGAGACCCCUGCUGUUGUCUCUGGAAAACAAGGUGAUGUUCAAGAUAACCAGAGCGUCACUGUUGGACCCAGCAGCCGUCUGGAUCAAGAUCACUCUGUGUCCGUACAAUUUGUGAGAGAGUACCAAAAGGUGGCCAUCAAGCACGUCAAGAUCAGGAAAGGUCAAAACGGGCCGAGUAAAGUGGGCCGUGUUCCCCUGGAGGUGGCCCUCAUGCAGAAGGCCGGAGGUGGACCAGAUUCAGUGGGGGAGUUUGCUGCCGUCACCCUCCUGGACUGGUACCAUGUGGAUCAGAAGCUGGUCAUCGUGAUGGAAAAGCCGCCAGCAUCCAUGGAUCUCGCAGAAUACGUGUUCAGCAAAGGAGAUAUUCUAAAGGAAGAUGAGGCCAGGAUUCUUAUGAAACAGAUGGUGGACGCUGCCAUAGACCUCCAAAACAAGGGGAUUUUCCACAGAGACUUAAAGUUCGAAAACACUCUGGUGGAAAUGGGAUCCCGGGGGCCUCGCAUCCGAAUUGUUGACUUCGGCUGUGGAAGGUUCCAGAGGAAGAGGGCCUUAAGAACUUUUCAUGGUACUCUUGCUUACGCCCCCCCAGAAUGGUUCAGCUGUGAAAAAUACAGACCUUCUCCAACCACGGUUUGGCAGCUGGGAAUCAUUCUUUUUCACAUGCUGCACAAGUAUUCAUUUGACACCAGAUUUUUUACACGGGGCCUCAUUAAAUUCGACAGCAACCUUUCUCAAGAGUGCCUGAAUUUUCUUAACUGGUGUUUGGAGGAGAACAGUAAGAGACGUGCCACCCUGGAGGAUCUCCGUUCUCAUUCAUGGCUAAUGUGA